AUGCACAAGAGCAAAUUCUCACAGGAGUCUGCCCGUGCAUGUGGACCCCCCAGUGAAAAGCUUCCUAAGGAACAAACUGCGAACGAGAUGCACAUUGAAGACAAUGAGGUAGAACUAGAAGACACAGGGUGGCAGAAGAAUGGAAAAGAAGAUGAACUAUUCCAGAAAAUGCACAGUCAGGGCCAGGAAACGUGCGACUUAAACAUAGCAACACGUCAUACUGGAAGCAUGACUAACAACGGUGAGGACCAGUCAGCAGACACGGGACGGCAACAAGAUGUUCUAAGCGAGGAAAGGUGUGGGGAAAACCGUACCCAGCCUGAGGAAGUCUCUAUUGAACAGAAAGAUAUUUUAGACCAACGCGUCAAGACUAAACACUUUGAUGAGAAUGAGAAACCCUUCAUGUGUAAGGAGUGUGGAUACAGAUCAGCUUACCGAUCAGGGUUGUCCAGACAUAAGAAAAAACACACCGGUGAGAUAGAUCACAACUGUGACCUGUGUGACUAUUCGGUGACAAAUCUACACAUCUUAGCCCGGCACAUAUUGGCAAAUCAUACAACUGGUGAGAAUCCCUACACGUGUAAAGUGUGCGAUUUCAGAACAACUUCUAAGUCUCAUAUGGUCAGUCACAUUAGAGCACAGUCAAGGGUUUUUAAGUGUGAUCAGUGUGACUAUUCUGCUAAACGAAAAGAGGGUUUAGAACGACACAUCCGGGCAAGACAUACAGAUGAAAAACCGUACAUGUGUGAGGAGUGCGGGUACAAGAUGGCUGAUCUUUCUAGUCUACACACACAUAGGAGAAAACACACUGGUCAUAAACCUCACAAAUGUGACCUUUGUGACUAUUCUGCUGCACGGAAGUCUUAUCUAGACAACCACAUGAUGGUAAAGCAUACCGGUGAGAAGCCCUACAUGUGUGAGGAGUGCGGGUACAGGACAGCUCACAGAAACGCCCUCGCCCGACAUAUGAAAAAUCACACCGGCGAGAAAGCUCACAAAUGUGACCUGUGUGACUAUUCUGCCGCACAGAAAGGCACUUUAGACACACACAUCAUGGCAAAACACACCGGUGAGAAACCCUACAUGUGUGGGGAGUGUGGGUACAGGACCGCUGUCCGGUCAAGUCUUGCCCAACAUAAGAAAAAACACAUUGUUGAAAAACCCUAGGCCUACAUGUUUGUGGAGAGCACGGAUACACAACAGCUGAUAGAUCUAGCUUAUGUAAGACAUCACAGACUUCAUACAAGCGAGAGUUUGAGUUUAUUCAUGUCUAAGCUUUUAAAACAACACAAGUAAACAUUGUAGCUAUUCUUCAUGUAGUCCUUUUCAAUCUCGUCAUCAUCAUCAUGGCAGGGCAUUGUUUUUAAUAUACAUAACUACAUAACACACAAGACCACAACAUAUACAAAAUUUACUUGUUGCACACUGAAUUCUUCGGUCCACGUGAGGUCCAUAUACAAUGUGAAAGAUAUGUAAUAACUUAUCAGUUUUGAACCAUAAUUUUUUCCAGUUGUGUUGCAUUCUGUACAAAAAGUGUUUUGCCUGAGCAUUUGUUCAGUGCUUCGGUAGUCUAGUGAUUUGUGACUUAGAUGAUCGUGUUCGAUAGCCAUAUAAUUGUAUUGUAAUCUGUUUAUGUAGACAAACUGACCGGUUGUUUUUCAUGACUCAUGAGGAUCCUAGAAUGAGACCAAUGUAACGUUAACACUUUUUUUCUACAUGUUAUAUUUAGCACCUCUUCUCUGUAAAUUUACUGUUGGUUAUGAAUAAAGAUGACACUGUUACAA